CCCAGCUCUGCGCCGCACAAACUUUGUGCCGGCUGCCCGGCACCUCCCUGCGGCGGAGCCGGAGGAGGAGGCAGCGCUGUCACUGGGGCUCGGCAUCCUCCAGCGCCGCCGGGCUGCGCCGCGCCCGUCCCAGGUACGAGCGGGCAAAGCGGCUGCUGAAGUUGGGAGCGGAUCCCGGGCUGCGGGCAGCCUCUCCCUCUUCCCGAGCGGAUUCCGGAGCUGCUGAAAUGGGUUGUGGAUUGAACAAACUAGAGAAGCAUGAUGAAAAGCGACCUGGUAAUAUCUAUUCAACUUUGAAGAGGCCCCAGGUAGAAACCAAGAUAGAUGUUUUCUAUGAAUAUCGAUUCCUGGACUUCACGACACUAAGUGAUACUGAGCUGCCAGGAUCAUCUGCAAUCAAGCUCUCCUCCUUGCGUGAUCUUCCAGCUCAGCUACAAGAAUUGUACCAGCAGGGCUUCGUCUUGGCUGCUGUCCACCCUUUCGUGCAACCAACUGAUGAAAAAGAGAAAACUCCCCAGGAACAAAUCUUCAGGGCUGUGCUUAUCAAGAAAACAGAAAGGUCUCCAAAAGGUGAUGUCCAUAGUGAAGGCUAUAUCUUGGAGGUAGAGUGCUGCUCCUCUUUAAACCAACUAUCAGACAAAAAGGAGAUGCCUGAUUUUAUUAAGAAAAUUCAAGAUGCUGCAAGUCAAGGCUUGAAAUUUGUUGGAAUUAUACCUCAGUACCAUUCCCCAAAGGACUGUCUUGUCAGUGCCUCCCUGACACCCACCAGUAACAACUCUGUGCAAUCAAGAGAUAGUAAAAAUGUUUCCAAUAACCCGGAGGAUCAUGCUUCACUGGAUGGCGAGAAAAUAGAUGGCAUUAAUGGGUGCAAUGCUCCAGCACCGAGUGAGGAAAAUGCUGACCAAUGUGCGAUAUCCAGGGAGGGUGAAGGACAGGCUGCUGAAGAGCUGAAUCUCAACACCGUGAAGGGAAACAACGAACGGUUUCAAGACACGAACCCAAGUGUAAGAGAAGCAGCAGACAAGCCAAACGGACUUGCAGAGAAUCAAACACCAGCACGAUGCUUAAAACCACUUACUGGCAAAACAGAGAUCUUUGCUCUCUUCAACAAACCCAAAAGCCAACAAAGAUGCAGCCAGUAUUAUACGGUGACAAUCCCUAUGAGGAUCUCCAGGAAUGGGCAGACUGUCAACAGCUUAGAAGCAAAUUGGCUGGAGCACAUGACGGAUCACUUCAGGAAAGGAGGCUCAUUGGUAAAUGCCAUCUUCAGCCUUGGAAUGGUAAAUGAUUCUUUACAUGGGACAAUGGAUGGAGUAUUUUUCUUUGAAGAUGUUGCUGUGGAAGACAGUAAAACCACACAGGGCUAUGAUGCAAUUGUUGUAGAGCAGUGGACUGUCCUAAAGGGAGCUGAAGUGCAGACAGAUUACGUUCCACUGCUGAAUUCCCUUGCCAUGUACGGCUGGCAGCUGACAUGUGUUCUUCCUACUCCAAUUGUGAAGACAAACAGGGAGGGGAAUUUAUCUACAAAGCAAAUUGUAUUUCUUCAGAGACCUUCUUUGCCCCAGAAAGCAAAGAAGAAAGAGUCUAAGUUUCACUGGAGGUUCUCCAAAGAAGACAUGCACAACAAACAAAUGAAGAAAUCCACGAAGGCCAAAUUAAGUACUAAGGAGAAGCAAAUGGCAGAGGAGAAGCAGGAAUUUGAAGUCACAGAGAACACAAGAAACUUAGAAGCACAGAUCUCAACAGCAGCCAAGCCUGAUCCAGAACAGCAGGUGGAUGAUGUCAUAGACUUGGGAGAUGAGGUAGCAGGGACCAACGACAGAAAGACCCAUCAUGACGGAGCGUCGGAGGAAACGUGUCCUGCCAGUAACGAUACUGAUGACAAUGACAUGCAGGUCUGCCUCAGCCAGGAAACAUCUGGCUGCUGUGUGGAUCAGGUAGCAGACGGAGGAGACUGUGCUCCAGCAUCGGAUGGCUGCAAUGGCAGCGAUGGGGCAGGGCUGGGCAUGGACUAGUCCUGUGAAUAAGACCUAUGCGUCGUGAAUCCUGUGAAUUGCUGAUACUUUGCCAAGACAGAAGAACAGAUUUCACUAAUCAUCGCUAACGCCAUUGCUCAAUUCAGCAUUUCUUUGGCAUUGUACUUACUUUGCUCUUUAGCACACUGAUAUCUUGAUGUCUUAAGUAACUGCAGGGCCCGGGCUUUUUAACCCACAGAAAUCAAUUGCAAAAUCGCAUCCGCUUUACAGAGUGGGGAAUGCUCUACGCUAUCUCCUAGAGCAACACUCUAAAUUAUAAAGUAGGAACAGAAAACGUACUUGGGUUUUUCUGUGGCUGACCUUAGCAAACUAGGUCUGUUUCUAGGUCGGGGCAAACAUUACACUUGGUCAGAUUUUGCUCUAUAACACUUCCUUGUCCAAGUAUCUUUGCUGGAGAAGUUAUUGUGCCAUAUGUUAUUUUGUCAUGAAGCUUGUAGUGUCAUGAAAAUGGUAUUUGGGCUUAAACAGGCUGAAAUCGGAAAGCUUAGAUAAGAUGGCUAUUAUCUGUAUUUAUCUCAAAUAGUGUACUUACUGAGAAUACUCCGUUCUGAAUUUUAUUAACUCUUGCAGAUCUUUAAGCAAUAAGCAAAUCGUGUGCCUGUUUUAGGUACACUGGGUAAACGACCCCCGUGGUGAAUUUGUGCGGGGCAGAAGAUUCCAAUAUAAAAUGCCAUUUCCUAGUCACUCCUGUUUAUGUUCUCUUUGCCAGUCGACAGUUCCUCAAUAGUUCUGGGGGUUUCUGAAGUCAGAAAAUAGGGGGGAAGCAGGUCUUUCAGUGGCUGCCUUCACUGAAAUUGGAAUUAGAUGUUACCUCCUGUCCCUUCGUGGUGAUUUUGCACCACUUCCUCACUAAUACAAAAUAAGUUGUGGGAAAGAACUGAAACUGUAGACAAAUAGGUCAGUGGCCAGUGACUGUCACUAAAUGACCUUACAAAAUGCAAAUACCUUUAGAGGGUUUUUUUUCUAAUACAAGUUACCGUAUUUUGGGACUGAUUCCUUAUGGAGUUCUGUAAAAUUACCAACAUUCGUAUGUUUGGAGCGACAUUAAAAUAUUUACAAGUGAAUGUACAUGUGUAAUAGAGUUCCUGUGCCAAUGUUCUUCAAGUACUUCAGUGUUCUUAAAAGUGUAGGAAGUAGUUGUUUCUCUCUGCUUAACUGCCUUUGCCUCUGUUUAGAAGUUGUCAAGUAAUCUGGUAAGAAGGUGAGAAAUACAUUCCAAAUUCCCCUGAUUUUUGUUUUUCUAAAGCAAGAGCUCCAUAAGCGAUUUGCUGGUUUUUUUCCCCUUGACUGAUUUGUGCCUGAUAAUUAUCCUUGGUCUUGAAAUCAAAAUGCUGCACAAGGAACUGUGUUCUGUAUCAAACGUGCACCUAGAGUGGUUCAAAAGCAUCUUAUGCCUAAAAAUCCAGCACUUGGCAGAACAUUACAGAGAACGGAAGAAUCCUACUGCUUCGAAUAUUCAUCUGACUGGGACAAUGGCACUCGAGUUUAAACCAUUCCAUUUCACACACACACAGAGCCUGGUGGUAUUGCUUUCAUUGAUUGAAGAGGUUUUUAUUUUGAAUUCAGUGCUUUAACCACAGGACUAUGAAUAACUUCGUUUUUGGUGGUAUUUUGCAAUUACUUCAUUCUGUUUUUUGAAAUUAGACUGAAGUUCCAAUAGCGUGAAGAAAUCUGUUAUUUCAAUUGUUCUACUUAAAUACAAGGUCUCUGCUCUGUACAGUUUUAAGUACCUGUUUGCAAAUUUUAUUAGCAUAUUACUAUUAUAUUAGUUUCUUGUACUGAUGGUUUCUAUUUCAAGGACUGGCUUUGUAUUAAUCUUGUUUAAAAAUUCACUGUAUUUAAUGAAUAUUUUGCUAGUAGAAGGUGUUUCAGUAGAAAGAACUUUCCAAAUACUUUGGAAUAGAAAGCGUUUAUUGGAUUGCAAUUUGACCUUGUUUAACUGGAUCCCAACUGCUUACAAAACUAAAGAAAAAUAAAGGUCAUGAGGAGAUUUCUUAUUUGUGGUACUUGCACAAAUGCCAAUAAUGGAUUCCCAAAAGGAGGAACUCGGGGUGUCUAAGUGGUGAUGACGGGAAGCUCCUCACUGCUGAGCUAGCAGUAGGUUCUGGUGCCAGAGAACUGGCUACUGGGUUUUCCAUCACCAGUCUGACGGAGCAUGGAAGGGUCUAUGAGGAAGUCGCACUUGUUUAAGUGAAAGCUUGAAUUAAAACUUUGUUCCUGUAAAUGCUGGAGCGGCUUACGGCUGGGAAAAUUUGAAGAGAACUUUCAUGUUUUUUCAAUUUAAAAAGGGCAAGGAGUUUUGGUUUUAUAGAAUUUAUCAAUUCCUUCUUCUGACUUUGACUUACUCUAAGUUGGUUCAGCUGUCUAGAGCUGUGCGAGUGCUUUCACCGUGCCCCUGCCUCGAGUAAACUGAGGGAGCUUAAAUCUCCUCGUAGAUGGAUGAUGCAGGUGAGAUGAGGGCUGGGGAAGGCAGGCUUGGGGUACAGCAGACAGGCUCCGCAGCUGGUGCGUGUGUUGUGUAUCAUCUCAGCUGCAUUUGCCAUUUUGGGCUUCAAAAAGCAACCCACCAGAGUGGCCAAGGAAACCGAAGAAAGCAGUUGUCACCUUAUGGGAAGCCUGAAUGGAGAAGAGAAAGAGCUCAGCCAGAGCUUAGCUCCCACAUCUGAAAACCUGACCAAUAUGGGGAAAUGUGCCAGCAGUGGAUAGACUGUAUGUGAGAGAAGCUGAAGUGGGAGUUAGGCCGCUGAGGUACAGCCUCUAUCUCCCAGAGAAGCCACAGUUGACUCUGAGCCCCCAGCUCCAUGGCAGGGCCUGCCACCCACAGCGGAUGGAGAGAGAAGCCAAGACCUUUCCCAUCGAGAGCCACCAUGUUAAGCCCAAUCUGUACUUUUUUCCACCCCCCAAACCGUGUGGAAUCUCUCAGUAGGGAUACAAACUGCUUUUACUGUGCCCUUCUGGUAAAGAAAGGGUACACCAGUAUAGCCUGCACACCUAGAGAAGGAGCCAGUGGGUUGUGUUACCACAUUACCAGUGCUGGCUGGUGACAAGGAAGCACCACAGCACACACAAGUGUACUUUAACGUGGUGCUCUGCAUUCUUGUUAGACCAACAAACCUCCUCCUGUGUGUACAUCAGUCUUGGAGUUUCCUCUCUUUUGUUGGGAGGAGUUACUCAUGCUGGAGUUCAGAACAAGUGGUCAUCUGAACGAGACAGUUGUUAAAUGGGAUGAGUUCAAGGGAG